CGGCACACGCUAUAGGGGCCCCGUAUACGGUACCUAUACGGAGCCCGGCGGGCACUCCCGGGGCCCGGUUUGGGGAAGGAGGAGGGAAGCUCCGGGGUACCCCAGGUUUCGGGGAGCCUGGACAUCCACUUUCCUACCUAUGAGCCACUUGGAUCACCAUGGAACAGGCAACGUGCUCUAUGGGCAGCACCGCUUCUACGAUUCCCAAGAAGAUAACUUCUAUCUGCACAACCUGUCGCCCCAGCCCACCCUCCUGACCGCCAACCCCAACUUCAGCGGCCUGGCCCGGGGCGGCCCCGUGGGCUCCUGCAGCCGGGAGCGGGAGCCCGGCCACCUCCCGGACGGCGCCAAGGAGCCGGACCGCUUCCCGCCGCCCAAGGAGAAGCUUGGCAAGGCGGAGGGCAAGGAGCGGGCCGAGGAGGAGGCGGUGGGCAAGGAGCGCCGGAAGCUGGUCCCGCCGUUGGCACCCGAUGCCCACUGCAAGGAGGGCCCCCCUCAGCGUCCGGCCUGCCAGAGCGGGCCCCGCCAGCUCAACUCCUGCCUCCUCCUCGGCUCCAAGAUGCUCAACGGGGAGCCGGGCAAAGCGGGGUUCGCCAGCUGCUCCGGGGCACCCCCCUCCCGCCCCGGCUGCGCCAAGGAGCGGGCCGAGCCGGCCCAGCCCUACGGCGAGUACCUGGAGCGGCGGCAGAUGCUCCACCACUCCGUCUCCUACGCCGUGCCCCCCGGCCCCCGGCGCCGCCCGCCUUCCCCUGCCUGCGGCUCCACGCGGCCCCCCGCCGCCCGCGAGGGCAAGCCGCCCGGCCCGGCCUUCGGGCACCCCAGCGACAAGGGCCGGCCCGUCCAGCCGGCGGGCGAGCCGGGCGAGCGCAAGGAGCGGCCCCCCGAGGCGGGCGCGGCCCCCCUGGGGGGCUACUGUCCACCCGCCUACCCCCACCCGAAGGCGGAGGGGAAGGAGCGGAGGCCGGGCCUGAACGCGCGCCUCAAGGGGCUGGAUUAUUCAACGGCGCCGAGGGCCCCUUCCCCCGGCCUGCCCCCCGCCAAGCCCGGCCCGGACAAGGGCGGCUACUUCGACCUGCCCGCCGCCGCCCCCCGGCCCCCCAGGACUGCUCCCCGCCCCCACCCCCAGGACCCCCUGGGGGUGAAAAUCAGCCCCUCCUGCUGCACUUUAGACAAGGGCCCCAGCCUCGCCCCCCAAAAGGUGGCCCGCAUCCGGCACCAGCAGGCCGCGGCCCCCGAGCCGGACCAGGCCGAGGCCAAGAGGAAGGCGGCCGAGCUGGCGGGCUCCCUGGGCUACGGCGGGCCCCACCUGCCCCCCUGGACGGUCCAGGGGGGUCAGGGCCCCCCGCCGCCCCUGGGCGAGGACCGCCCGGGCCCCUUCUUGGACCCCUUCGGCCGGCAGCGGCGGCAGCUUGAAGCCGGCCCCUCCUGAGCCAGGACCCUGCCGGCCGGGCCCGGCGAGGUGUCGGCCAUGAAGAGCCUCCUCAAGUACAGCAACCAGGCGCUCAUCGUGGGCCAGAAGCCCCCCCUUGUGGGCCUGGGCCACCUCAAGCCCGGCUGCGGCCAGCAGGACGGCAAGUUCCCGGGGGCCAAGGGGGCCGGCAGGCGGGAGCGCCCGGACUGCGCCCGCGGCCGGGACCACGAGGGCCCCCACGGGGACGGGGAGGUCCGGCAGCCGCCUGUGGGCAUCGCCGUGGCCGUGGCCCGGCAGAAGGAGAGCCACGGGCGCAGCGAGCCCGUCUACCGGGCCGGAGCCGGGCGGCAGACCCGGGCGGCCCCCCGGCCUCAAAGUGGCGUCCCCGAAGCCGGCUGCUCCCGGGUCCUGCACGUCAUCGACCUGGAGGCCGAAGAGGAGAGGAAUCAUCUCUGUGACGAGAGGUUGGGCCUCGCGGGACGAGAGCUGCUUCUCCAGGACAGCAAAGACCUGGUGGAGUUUUCGCGCCUCCAUCCAGCCAGCAGCUGCCCCGGAGACCUGACCUCCCACCUCAUGAUGCAGACCGGCCAGCUGGCCGGGGGAGACCCCGCCGCCCACCCGCCCCACCCGCCCCACCCGCCCUGGCUCUCUCGCACUCGCAGCCCUUCCAUCUGGAUGGGGGGACAUUCCUACGGGAUCGGCCACUCAGCCUUGCACCAGACCCUGACACCGGGCUUCCCGGCCGCAAUGUCCAAUAGCCUGCAGCCUGUGUUCCCCCUUUCCCAGGAUCCCGCCGCUCAGCUGGUUAUCCUGCCUAAUGAGCCGUCUCCCCACCCCACCCCACAUCCACUUGCCGACGUGAUGGAGCAGGCGUCCCUGUGGCCCCCCAUGUACCCUGGGCGAGCCCCGGCCUCGCACCUGCAACCCGUCUACUCCCGCUCCCAGUUUCUCCGGCAACAGGAGCUACUGGUAUUACAGCAACAGCAGCGAGCCGCCCGCGAGCUACAGCGACAGUGUCAACUGCAGCGGAAGCCCGAGGAUCACCCGGCGGAGUUUGACGAACCGCUCCCGGAGAAGGCCCUGAGGCCCUCUCACAAACCAGUUGCCUUAACCCCCUUGACCAAGGGCACGGCCUCGCCCGCCGCCGCCCAGUGCCCCGCCAAACUGUCGCCCUGCUGCCUCUCCCCGGGCCUGCGGCACCCCCCGAAAUGCCCCCCGCCCCGCCCCGCCGCCCCGUGCACUUUACCCACGUGCCCCGCCAGCAGCCCCGCCGUGGCCCCCCGUUCCCCCGCCGCCAGCCCCGGCCCCAGCUCCAAGGGAAGCCAGGCCGACGACGAGACGGGCCGGGGGCCCCCCAAGGACUACCCCAAAUCGCUCAAACCAGAUCUGUCGUCCGGCUACAGCUUCCCCGCGGUCGGCAUGGGCUGCCCUCCUCCUCUCCCCCCGGACCUUCACUCGGCCGACCCCGCGGACCCCCAAAGUAUGCAACCCGCCUCCGCGGGCACCGACCCGGAGCAAUCCCGGACGUUCCCGGCCGCCGAGCGGCCCCCCGGCCAGUCGGUCGCCCCGGCGGACGCCGGCCCGGGCCCCGAGGCCGGGGGGCCGACGCCUGCGCUGGCCCCCCACCACCGCCUCCGCCCCCCGCCGCCCCGCCACCCCCUCCUCCCCCCCCACCCGAGGCCGCUCGGUUCCCCGGGGGAGGCCCGCUACGGCUCGCACCCGGACCCCGGAGGCCCGGAGGCCGAGAACUGGCGGGAUGGUCCUCGGGGAGGGGAGCGGACGGAGGCGGGGGACGGCGGGGAGCGGGAGGAGGACGGCCGGGCCGAGGCGGGCCGGGAGGGGAAGGGGACGGCGGCCCCGGCUUCCCCCGGAGCCCCCGAGCCGGCCCGCGCGGAAGAGGACGGGGCCGAGCCGGAGGAGGAGGAGGAAGAAGAGGAGGAGGAGGACGAGGGCUGGGAUGACCCGCAGGAAGAAGCCCCCGGAGCCAAAGCGUGGCCCGGGCUGGACGCCCUGGUGGCCGCCAGCAUCGACCUGGGCGAUCUGCCCGCCCUCGGGUCGGCCCCGGCCCCUCCGGCCUGGCACCGGACCUCAGGGAUGCCCGGGAUCGCCCUGCUCAGCGAACUGGCCGACCUGGAGUUCCAGCGGCAGAGGUGCGAGGAAGCCAAAGAAGUGGAGGAAGAGGACCUGAUGACGUUCAACCUCCAGCACCUGGCCACCAUCGCCGCCGCCUGGUCCCUGGCCGAGGCCGCCAGCCGAGGGGGCGACCCGCCGGGGGCCGGACCCCCCGCCGCCGCCGCCGCCGCCGCCGGCCCCCGCUGCCGUUCCACCCCCAGCCCCCGGGUGCGGAUCCUGCUCCGCAAGGGCGCCUGGACCCCCAAGAUCAAGCCCGUCUGCCCCCUCAAGUCGGCCAUCGACCAGCUGGACGCGGAAGAGGUGGAGAUGCGCGUGAGGUUGGCGGCCCUGCAGAGGUGCUACAAGGAGAAGCAGCGGGAAUUGGCCAAACUGCAGCGGCGCCACGACCAUCAGCGAGAAGAAAGUUCGCGGAGCCCAGCCCGCCGCGGGCCGGGACGCCCCAGGAAGCGAAAACACUCCAGCACGCCCCCCGCCCUCCGCCACGCCGGCCAGCCCCCCAAGUGCGACGCCAAGGCCGUCAGAUCCGUCAAGGCCAGCCUGACCCUCCUGUGCGCAGAGCUGCAGGGUGAAGGAGAGCCCAGGAAGACCAGGAAGUUGGACAAGGGCGUCUACGGUGGGAUCAAGAACUCUCAGGAGAAGAUGCACUGUAAGCCAAGCGGCUCCCAGAGGAAGCUGGCCUGUAAGGUGGCCCACAAGGUGUCCCAACUGAAGCAGAAGGUCAAAGGCAAAGUACUGCCCGGCGGGCUGAACGCCUUCCACCGCAAAGAAGCCGACCCCGGCCGCCAGAUCCAGAAGCUGUCGCGGGCUAAGAGCGCCAAGACGGCGGCUAAAUCCCCGGCGCUGGACGGAGACGGCAAGGACACCGCGGAGUUCCAGGCCAAACCCACAGCGGGCGGAGCAGAAGCGGGCAGCGAGCGGGGCGGGGAGGAGGACAGCGAGGACGGCGCGAGUCUCGUCGGCAGGAAGCCCCCGCCGAGGGAGCCCGGGUCCCUCCUCCACCCGGGCCCCAACGCCGCCAAGCUGGGACCCUCCCCGUCCUCCGUGGUCAAGAUGGAAGCCAACCAGAAGGCCAAGAAGAAGAAGGAGAGGCAGGGCUUGCUAGGUUCGUGCCGGAUCUCCAGCCCGGAGGGGGAGGUCAAGAUCAAGAGACGUCCGGCCAGGCCCGGGGGGGAGCAGGCCGCCCUGCUCCGGCGCCCGGGGGUCCGCGACGGGAAGAAGAAGCCGAAGGGGAAGACGAGGCGCGGCCUGCAGCAGCCCCUGGGCCCCGAGUCCGGCCCGGCCGGGGGUCGCCCCCUCCUCGGCCAGGCCCGGCCCUUCCCCUCACGGGAGGAGAACGGGAAGAUGGCCAGCGAGCGCCUGAAGAAGGCCACCAGGAAAAGCAAAGUCCUGCAGUCCGCCUUGAGGCGGAAGAACGGCGCUCUCUCCAUCACCCUGUCGCCCCGCAAUGCCAAGAGCAUCCUGGGAAAGGGGAAGAAGCUGGCCAAAGUGAAGGGCAAAGCCAUCAGCAAGCAGGGCAAAGGGCGUGCGGUGAGCCGGCUGCUGGAGAGCUUCGCCGUGGAGGACGAUUUCGAGUUCGAUGACAACAGCAGCUUCUCGGAGGAGGAAGAAGCCAGCCGGGAACAGGCCUCAGUCCUCGCUCAGUCGUGCACCAUCCACAAGGAAGACCUGCAGGAUGGGCUGCACGUCCUCAUUCCCAAGGAAGACUGCCUUCUCUACGCCGGCAGCGUCAAGGCCCUGCAGCCUCCUGACAUCUACAGCAUCGUGAUCGAGGGGGAGAGGGGACAUUGGCAGAAAACCUACUCCCUGGAGCAGCUCCUGCAGGAAGCGGUCCUUGACAUCAGACCCCAGUCGAGCCGCUUCCUCCCCCCCGGAACUCGGGUCUGCGCCUACUGGAGUCAGAAGUCCUGCUGCCUCUACCCCGGCAACGUCGUCAGAGGUGCUUCUGGCAGUGAAGACGACCGGGAUUCGGUCGUGAUUGAGUUUGACGACGGAGACACCGGGCACAUCUCAGUUUCCGAUAUCCGCCUGCUGCCCCCCGACUUCAAGAUCCAGUGCGUGGACCCCCCGCCCGCCCUGCUGAUUUCCAGCAGCUGCCGGAGAAACAGGCGGCCCCCCGGCGACGCCGCUGCCCCCGGCGAGGCCGCCCCCCGCUUGGCCCCCGAGAGCCGGGACGGGCCCGAGACCCCCAAGACCUUGGGGAAGAAGGCCGUCGGCAAGGACAAAGCUGGCAAAGCGGAGGCGCUGACCUCGGGGGCCGCGGUGGCGAACCACUUCCUGGGCCGGCGCGGCGGUGGCGGCGGCCCCCUGCUCAGCUGGUCGGCCGUGGCCCAGACCAAGCGGAAAGCGGGCUCCAAGGGCGCGGCCCUCCUGCCCGGCGUCUUCCAGCUGAACGGCAGCGCCAAGAAGCUGCGGGCCCGGGAGCCCCUCUUCCCCGUCCACCCGCUGCCCGCCCCCGUCUUCGGCAACGGCUUCGGCGCCGACUCCUUCAGCAGCCUGGCCAGCUCCUACGCCCCGCUGGCGGGCGGCGCGGGGCUGGGCCUGCCCGGCGGCGCCCACAGGCUCCUCCGGGCCAAGAAGGAGGCGGAGAAGGCCGGGCGGCGCAAGGCCGGGGCCGCCGGCGGGGAGUUCCUGGUCAAGCUGGACCACGAGGGCGUCACCUCGCCCAAGAACAAGAACUGCAAGGCCCUGCUGAUGGGCGACAGGGACUUCGGGCCCAAGCUGGGCCGCCCCGCCGCGACGGCGGCGGCGGCCCCCGGUUACCCGCCGCCGGGCCCGGUGGGCAAGGAGAAGAAGGGCCGGCCCCCGGUCCACCCGCUGCCCAUGGGGCUGGCCCUGAGGAAGUUCGCCGGCCACGACUACGCCCUGCGCUGCGACAGCGACUGCCCCAGCUCCUACUCCGACGAGGAGCAGCCGGGCGCCACGGGGCCCUCCCGCUUCCUCGGCCACCUGUCGGGCUCCUCCUCCUCAUCCGCGUCCUCCUCCUCCUCGUCGUCCGGCUCCGGGUCCACCUCCAGCCUCUGCUCGUCGGACAACGAGGACUCGUCCUACAGCUCGGAGGACGAGGCCUCGGCCCUCCUGCUCCAGACCUGCCUCACCCACCCGGUGCCGGCCCUGCUGGCCGGCCCCGAGGCCCUGAGGGCCAAAGCGGGCCCGGGCCGCUGCUUCCUGGCCAAGGCGGCCGCGGCCGACGGCAAGGGCAAGCUGAGGCGCAAGGAGCCCCUGCUGAGCUUCUCCAAAGCCAAAGAGCUUUCCCGACGGCAGCGGCUGCCCUCCGUGGAAAACCGGCCAAAGAUCUCCCCCUUCCUGCCGGCCCAGCAGCUGUGGAAGUGGCUGGGGAACCCGACUCAGAGGCGGGGCGUGAAGGGGAAGGCCAGGAAGCUGUUCUACAAGGCCAUCGUCCGCGGGAAGGAAACGCUCCACGUCGGGGAGUGCGCCGUCUUCCUGUCGGCGGGAAGGCCCAACCUGCCCUACAUCGGCCGCAUCGAGAGCAUGUGGGAAUCCUGGGGGAGCAAUAUGGUCGUCAAGGUCAAGUGGUUCUACCACCCCGAGGAGACCAGGCUGGGCAAACGGCAGAGCGACGGCAAGAACGCGCUGUACCAGUCCUGCCACGAGGACGAGAACGACGUCCAGACCAUCUCCCACAAAUGCCAGGUGGUGGGGCGCGACCAGUACGAGCAGCUGGCCAGGAGCAAGAAACACCAGGAGCUCUACUACCUGGCGGGGACCUACGACCCCACCACGGGGCGGCUGGUCACCGCCGACGGGGUGCCCAUCCUGUGCUGAACCCCCGAGGUCAUUCAAACUUGAAAACCCCGUUUUCCGUUCUCCGCUCGAAAGACUCGGGCCCUUCCCGGCCGCCCGUGAGAGGUUGGCACGACGGCGUCCGGCCGGGGCAGAGCCCGCGAGACGGGCGCGGGCCCCGUCUCGCCACGGAGCCCCUUCCCCUUUCCCCCCCACCCCGCCCUGGUCAGGACCUUCUCCACAGGUGAGGCGGGCGUCUAGUAAAUAUGCAAAAACCCAUCACAGCAAGAUUCAGGCUUUUUUUCGUUCGUCCGGAUGUCUGUCCGUUCGGUUGGGUUCUCCUUUGGCGUGCGUGCGUUUGUUUGAAUUUUCCCUGGAAAGAGAGAUCCCUUUGGCUUCAUCUCCGACCCCCGUUUUCGUGCUCAUCUCCUCCCUCCCUCAGUUCUUGGAGAGAUUAGAAUUCAAGCCAUAUUUUCCUAGUACCUCUGACUGUCUCCCACCAGGGAAACCAGAAAUCAGGUGUAUUGUCUAUUUAUUUCUUCGUGUAAAUAUUGUAUUUCUUCGGGGAAGUUUUAUGGAAAAAAAAAAAACAAAUGGAA